AUGAGGGGUGUGACUAGAUUUUGGAGGCGGGGCAAGCUUAGCCCCAGAUAUAUCGGGCCUUUUGUGAUUUUGAGGACAGUUGAUAAUGUUGCCUAUGAUUUAGCCUUGCCUCCAGCAUUCUCAAUUAUUCAUCCAGUUUUCCAUGUUUUGAUGUUGCGUCGGUAUGUCACAGAUGAGUCUCAUGUGCUCCAGUAUGAUGGGGUUGGGUUAGAUAAUCGUCUGACCUAUAUUGAGGAGACAACUGCCAUGUUAGCCAGAGAUGUGAGGCAGUUGCGAUCCAGAGCCAUUCUUGUUGUUAAGGUCCGUUGUAGGCACCAUCCAGUCGAGGAGGCUACCUGGGAGACCGAGCAGGAUAUGCAAGAGCAGUUUCCCGGCUUAUUUAACCCUUCAGAUUCUCGCAUUUCAUAUUACUUCUUGCUUAAUCGGCAUGUUCGAGCACCAGCUACCAACGUUGACAUCGAGCGUGCAGUAGUCUGA